AUGAAGUCGACUCAAGUCUUGGCCUACGCCGUUAUGGCGAUUGCCGGCGCGGAUGGUAAACCCUGCAGCAGGAAGUUGAGUAGUACCUCAUCGAGCGUCGCAAAUGCUUCGGCUACAGCAUCUUCCGCCUCAAGCCCGUAUAGCGCAUCUUCGAUUUACUCUGGUUUGACGGAUUCCAGCUCCAGUAGUACUGCGCCUACUUCAUCUACGGAGUCAAUUAUAAGCACGUCGAGCUUGCUGUUCACUCCCACCUCAACUGUAUCUGUACCUGAGACUACUUCAUCUUUCGCAACUCAGACAACCUCAAGCUCUGCUUCUUCAUCAGCAAUCUCCACGUCUUCUACAUCGACCUCUUCGCUGUCGACUUCUUCGUUAUCAACCUCUUCCACCUUGUCCACUUCCUCUUUCUCUUCGACCACCACCUCCUCAUCCUCUUCUUCGUCUACGAUCUCAACAUCCACAUCAUCGACUUCGAGUGCUCCUCCUGCGAUUCAAACAAUCAGCACAACAGGCCUAAGCUGGAUGGAUGCGAUUGCACUAGUCCACAACACCCACCGACGAAACCACACAGCAGAUGACCUUACCUGGAGUGUCGACCUCUCUAACACAGCGGCGACAUUAGCCAACACAUGUAUCUACCAGCACAACACCAUCAUCAACGGUGGCGGCUACGGUCAAGUCAUCGCAGCAGGAUACACCGCGGGCCAGAUAACCAUAAUGCUAAACGAAGUCUACAAGUCGGGUCUUCAGAACUAUCCCCAGCCAUACGGCGUUAACAACCCCGAUCUGUCCAACUUUGCAAGCUGGGGCAACUUCGCGCAGAUCCUGUGGGCUGCGACCACGCAGGUCGGAUGCGCGGUGCAGUACUGCCCCGGUGGUCUACAGAACGCGGCGGGCAUACCGCCGUACUUUACCGUGUGCAACUACAGCCCAGCGGGUAACAUAGUUGGCCAAUUCAGUAAUGUACACGCUCCUCUCGGGCAGCCAAGUGUGGAGUUCGCAGAGUGGGUUUACGUUCCGGAGAAAUGA